ACUUCACCGCCAAGAACACGAUGUAUUCCCUACAGAAAAGUACAUUUCUGAUUUAAUAUCGACGGUGGUGAGCGAGUCUCCCGUACUUGAGCCUGUUGACCUGCACAAACUAGUCGCUAAACUCUUUACACCAAGCGGAGGCUGAGACUUGCUGCAAGCCGCGCCGCCAGUUUCAUCAGCAGCGGCUCCUCCGCAGGGGAGGAGCCGAGCGGAGGCCGAGCCCACCUCUGGCCAAACUUGUGGCAAUAAAAUAUAGUGAGUGGAGCCUGUCAGGAGAGAUGGACGAGGAGACUCAAUAGAAGACGCUGCACAGGACCUCAGAAGUUUAAGUGUUAGAAGUUGGACAGAGCUGACCAUGCUGUUGCAGAGGCUCUCCCUGUGCUCCAGGCUCCCACUUGGUCCACAAAGUCAAGUAUGGCAGCCGCUCAGCAGACCGCUGACGCAAGUUCCCUUCGGGAGGGCGCACGGCAGCUCCUGUGCCCACCGUGGUGAACUGCGUCAUGCCAAGCGGAUCGUGGUGAAGCUGGGCAGUGCGGUGGUCACCCGUGGAGACGAAUGCGGCCUGGCACUGGGGAGGCUGGCCUCCAUUGUGGAGCAGGUGGCCAUGCUGCAAAACCAAGGCAAGGAAAUGAUGAUUGUCACCAGUGGAGCCGUGGCCUUUGGCAAGCAAAGACUGAGACACGAGAUCCUGCUGUCCCAGAGUGUCCGACAGGCCCUGCACUCCGGACACAACCAGCUCAAAGACAUGUCUCUGCCGGUCCUCGAGGCCCGGGCUUGUGCUGCAGCCGGACAGAGUGGCCUGAUGGCUCUUUAUGAGGCCAUGUUCACCCAAUACAGCACCUGCACUGCACAGGUCCUGGUGACAAAUCUGGAUUUCCAUGACGACCAAAAGAGGCAAAACCUGAACAGUACACUGCAGGAACUGCUGCGCAUGAACAUCGUGCCCAUCAUUAACACCAAUGACGCUGUGGUGCCCCCACCGGAGCCCAACAGCGAUCUGCAGGGGGUAAAUGUGAUCAGCAUUAAGGACAACGACAGCCUGGCGGCGCGGCUGGCCGUGGAGAUGAAGGCUGACCUGCUCAUUGCUUUAUCUGACGUGGAAGGUUUGUACAACAGCCCCCCUGGAACAGAUGACGCCAAGCUCAUUGACAUCUUCUAUCCUGGAGACCAGCAGUCCAUCACCUACGGUACAAAGUCCAGAGUCGGGCUCGGAGGCAUGGAGGCCAAGGUGAAGGCUGCCCUCUGGGCGCUGCAGGGUGGCACCUCAGUGGUCAUCGCCAAUGGCACUGACCCCAAGGUGACAGGCCACGUCAUCACUGACAUCGUGGAGGGCAAGAAGGUGGGCACCUUCUUCUCUGAGGUCAAACCCGCGGGUCCCACUGUGGAGCAGCAGACAGAGAUGGCGCGUGACUCAGGAAGAAAUCUGGCAUCGCUGCACCCAGAUCAGAGGAGUGAGAUCAUCUGCCACCUAGCAGAGCUGCUGACUGAAAGGAAGGACGAGAUCCUGGCUGCCAACAAGAUGGACAUGGACCUGGCUGUCAGCGCUGGCCAGCUGCCAGCAGCCAUGCUGAAGCGUCUCAGCCUGUCAGCAGCCAAACUCAACAGCCUGGCCAUCGGCCUGCGUCAGAUAGCCGUCGCCGCCCAGGACAGCGUGGGCCGGGUGCUGCGCAGGACCAGGGUGGCUCACAAUCUGGAGCUGGAGCAGAUCACUGUGCCCAUCGGGGUUCUGCUGGUCAUCUUCGAGGCCCGACCGGACUGCCUGCCACAGGUGUCAGCACUGGCCAUAGCCAGUGGCAAUGCUCUCUUGCUAAAGGGAGGAAAGGAGGCGACCAAUACCAACCGUGUCCUCCACCAGCUGACCCAGGAAGCACUUUCCAUGCAUGGAGUCAGAGAGGCUGUACAGCUGGUGAGCACACGAGAGGAGGUGGAGGACCUCUGCCGACUGGACAAGAUGAUCGACCUGAUAAUCCCGCGGGGCUCUUCUCAGCUGGUGCGGAACAUCCAACGGGCUGCCAAGGGCAUCCCGGUGCUGGGUCACAGCGAGGGGAUCUGCCACGUCUACGUCGAUACGGACGCCAGUGUUGACAAAGUCAUCAAAAUUGUCAGAGACUCAAAAUGUGACUACCCAGCCGCCUGUAACGCCAUGGAAACACUGCUGAUUCACCGGGACAUCCUCAGGACCCCGCUCUUCGACCAGAUCAUUGAUAUGCUGCGCACUGAACGUGUGAAAAUCCACGCAGGUCCUCGGUUCGCCUCCUACCUGACAUUCAGCCCAUCGGAGGCCCAGUCGCUGAGGACGGAGUACAGCGACCUGGAGUGCUGCAUGGAGGUGGUGGACAGCAUGCAGGAGGCCGUGGACCACAUUCACAAGUACGGAAGCUCCCACACCGACGUCAUCGUCACAGAAAACGAGGACACAGCGGAGCAAUUCCUGCAGCAGCUGGACAGCGCCUGUGUUUUCUGGAACGCCAGCUCUCGUUUUGCUGAUGGCUACCGCUUUGGACUGGGUGCGGAGGUUGGCAUCAGUACGGCCCGUAUCCACGCCCGGGGGCCUGUGGGCCUGGAGGGGCUGCUCACUACCAAGUGGGUCUUGAGAGGUGACGGGCACACGGCAGCCGACUUCUCUGAGCAUGGUACCAUGAAAUACCUCCAUGAGAACCUGCCUGUCACACAGCCCCUAGCUGGGCAGAGGGACAGCAACUAGAUGACACACACAACCACACACACGUCUUGCACGCUCAAGAUGAAAUGCCCCUAACUUUGGACGAGAUCGCUUGCAUCCCCCGCCAACAGCUCCACUGGGUCUUGUGUUUCUGGAAAGGGCUGAUGUCACUGUUAAAAUCUUGUGAAGCACACCAAAGAUCCACUCCCUCAGCACAACUUUUUAAAAUAUUCUCCUCUUCAGGGCCUGAAGGUUUACAGUGUUUUAAAUUCUACCUCAGCUGAUGACAUAUGAACUGAUUUCAGUUGGUUACUGGCUUAAUAUGCUCUCGCUGUAUUCAUGAGGCAUUACUGUAUGUGGUGAUCUUUCAACAAGGAUUAAAUGGUAGUUGGUCCACUAAAGCUAGUCACAUUAUCUAAAUGUAGCCGAUUGGUUGGGACGACAGUGAGCAAGCAGUAUUUAAGUAUUUAAGCUAUAUCAGUUGUACUAAAAUAAAUUGAAAUGCUUUUUUAAACAGUGCAAUGACAUAUCAUCCUGUGGAGAAAGUUUUUUUUGAGCAUAUCAUUUUCAUUAUGAAAGGGAAUGACAUUGAUUCACUGAAAUAAAGUCAUGGUGCUCCAUAAUGAAAUGCGCUUAAAAAAAGAAUGACAGGGAAAAGAUCCUUUCUCAUCAGUGCCAAGCGCUGGUUACUUUGGCUGUGUUGUAAGCCAAAUCCAGUACAGUAGCAGAUACCUACCUUCAUAUAUCUGUUGGCCGUGACCAACACAGAGACAAUUCUUUCGAGCUAACAGAAACUCUGUUAAGAUAUUGUGUCUUACAAUCUUCAGUAUUUCCUAUUAAUUUUGUUGCUAUCAGUAUCCUCUUUUUUUUCUGCUGCAGUGACUGAGUUUCCCCUCAAGGAUCCGUUAAGUUUGUGUUCUCAUCUUAUGUGUUAUAUCAUUGAAGGGUCGUUUUAAUUUUUAGCUUACAUCAGUGAUCCAUCAUUCACAAAAAUUUAGUUAAGUGUUUAGUUAAGUUAAGUGUUUUAGUACCAUAAAAAGUUGUUUAUAAAUAACAUGUAUCAUUGUCGUACUCUUUGUAAAUGCACAAGUGCAUUCAGGCUGAUUUUCUUUUGUUCCUCUUGAUAUAAUUUGAGUGGCAUGAUGUAUAUUUCUGAAGGAGCAGGCAUGGUAAUCAGAUAAGACAGUCAGGAGUCGGGAUAAGUUUGGACCUAGGCCUACUCCAACCAUUAUGGCAAAAUAAGAGCAAAUUUUAUCAGUUGAAUUGUUUACAUUUAAGCAAAACCUUGUGUGUUACUGAUUUUUUUUUAUUGUCUGUAUGGUCAUCUAAUAGCAGGAUUAUUGAUGCAGAAGUCAUAUGAUGCAGAAUUUGGACCAGAAUUGUUAUAAAGUAACAUAUAACAGUCAAAAUCUACUCAAACUUAACAUGUACGCAUCCAUUUUAUUUACUUUUUUUUUUUUUUUUUUUACAAGUUGUGCUCAUUUUUCCUGCUUUGCUUCUUUCCUGCUUGUUCUUUCUGGUGCCCAAAGCCUCUGUCAGAGCAGGAACAGUAAUUGACAAGCUGCCUCCUUCAAGCUUGAGGGGAGAACAUGACUGCCUUUAAAUUAAGUGCUGUAACAUUCCAGCCUGUGAGCUUCUAUCUGAUGUCUUGCAAUGCACGCUUAUGGAUUGGUUCAGGUUAUUUAAUAGCUGUACUGUAGAAUAAAAAAAAAAUUGAAAAAGAAUAUUUGGAUAUUUCUCUUUCUUCCUUUGAUUUUUGCAGCUGAAAUGUUGAGGAUUUUUACACGUAUGUUCGUUUCUGUCCUGGCACGAGUCUUUCUACUUCCACAAAGAACACAAAUUAAUGGGAAAAGAAGUCGUACUGAUGUGAAAAACAGAUGUCUAAAAAAGGGCCUUUUUAAAGUUGCCCAUAGGGGAAUUCGCAUUGCUGGAAGUGGGGCAAGGAAGAUGGAAGACAAUACUAUAGAGGUUUAAUUAUCCAGCCAUCAGAAAUGAAAAGAGGGAGAAGGAGAACUGAGACUAAUAAUGGAAUCACAGGCUUAUGUUCUGGGUUUCUCUCUUUUUCUUUCUUUUUCUUUCUAUCUUCUAUCAUCUAAAGAAUUCAUUCGCCAAAACGCACUACUUACCCUUCAAUCAGCUUCCCAUCACCAAGUCCAAAGGGUUCAGAGAUGAAGAGGGAAACAAAACUAGGAUCUCACUCUUUUGUCCUUUUCAUGUGUGAAGCGAUUGAAAAUAUCAUCUAAAUGACUUGAGGUAGAGAAGGAGCAAUCCAGGGACACUGAGUACUUGCCUGUUUGAUGCUCAGUGUACUUACAUUCUGUACUAUAGAAUGCUACUCUGAUAUACAGUACGUUGUUACAUGGACUUGGAAAUGGCUUGGUAGAGCUACGUUUCUGUCACUCUGUUACUACGUAGGUAUGCUUCAAAGUUGUAACACCUAUUGUAUGUUGUCUGUAAGAAGUAUUGGGAUACUGUGGACUGUUUUUCUGUUUAAUGGUAGGCUUCCAUAGCCAAAAUCCACACUGAAUUUCCUCUGUUUUACUUGAGGAUCCAGUGGGUCUUAACUGGUUUUUGCAUUGAGCCAUUGAGAAUUGCACCCCAGUAUAUCAGAUAAUCCAAUGUACCACAUAACACAGCUAAGUUUUC